AUGACAUCCCGCGGUGCUAAAACAUAUAAAAUAAUCGCCAUCUCGUACGAAAUUAAUGUUGUGAUAGGCCCCACCUGGGCCGCUCGUCUAGAUUGGGAAAAGGACACCACAGCACGACUCUCGAGAGCUCCCACACACGUCCCGCCACCACUCCCAACGCCGAAGCCCUUCAAACCACUCGGCGUUGACACCUCUCCCCUUUCUUCUCCCCCUCCGCAGCGCCUGCACUCGGCUGCAGACCUGUCUCGUCUUUUUUCCUUUCCAAUCCUCCUUAUCUUGCUCUCUGUCCCCCGCUCGGUUGUUUUCGACGGAUCAUUGCGAAUCCGCUCGCCACCGCCUUCUCUUCCUCCAUCCCUUCUUCGACAGACCCACGAAAGAGGAACACACCCCCGCAAGAACCUCCCGAUCCAUCAUGACCAGCCGCACGAUCAGCAGCCUGAUGGCGCUCCGGUCGACGCUGGCGCCGCCGUGGCGCCCAAGAAGAAGAAGCGUGGAUAUGCCGCUGGCGCCUUCGCCGUUGCUACCGGCCCCAAUGCCGGCGCCGGCGGCCCGAUGCAGCCCGGCGCGCCGUCUACCCCUCAGUACGGAGGCUAUCCCCAGCCCGACAUGCUGCAGGCCCAACAGGCCGCUGCCGGAUACCAGUACGGCCAGCCCGCCGCCCCUCAGCCCGCCUAUGGCGGCUAUCCUGCUCCCGACCAGGCUGCUCAGAUCGGUGUCCAAGACGUCGCCGGCAUUACACAGGGCGUCGCAGGUAUGAACAUGGGCGCCCAGCAGCCUGGAAACAUGCCAAUGGCUCAGCCUCGCCCGGCGACCCUCAACCAGCUCUACCCCUCGGACCUGUUGAGCCAGCCUUUUAAUGUCGCCGAGGUCGACCUGCCCCCCCCGCCGAUCAAUCUUCCCCCCAAUUCAAGCGUAACUCGCUCCGAGACUGCAAAUUGCCCUCCACAAUACAUCCGUUCGACUCUCAAUGCGGUCCCCACGACCAACUCCCUGCUGAAGAAGUCGAAGCUGCCGCUCUCCCUCGUCAUUCAGCCGUACGGCUCACUCCACGACGACGAAGACAAUGUCCCUGUUGUUCAGGACCAGGUCAUUUCUCGCUGCCGGCGCUGCAGAACGUAUAUCAACCCAUACGUCACAUUCAUGGACCACGGCCACCGAUGGCGUUGCAAUAUGUGCAACCUGACCAACGACGUUCCUCAAGCUUUCGACUGGGACUCGGCUGCUCAAAAGACGGUUGACAGAUGGCAGCGACCUGAGCUGAACCAUGCUGUUGUCGAAUUCGUCGCUCCUCAAGAAUACAUGGUCCGACCUCCUCAGCCUCUGGUCUACUUGUUCAUCUUCGAUGUCAGCUAUGCCGCCAUCUCGAGCGGCCUACUCGCCACCAGCGCCCGCACGAUCCUCGACAGUCUCAACCACAUCCCAAACGCCGACAGACGCACGCGCAUUGGUUUCAUGGCCGUCGACUCGAGCCUGCACUACUUUUCCAUUCCCAAGGACGAAGACGAAAAUGCCGAGACCAACAUGCUGGUUGUCAGCGAUCUGGAUGAGCCUUUUCUUCCUGUUCCUCACGAUUUGCUUGUGCCAUUGUCCGAGUCCCGCCAGAGCGUCGAGAAAUUCCUCUCGAAGCUGGCUGAGAUGUUCCAGAACAACCAAAGCAACGGCUCCUGCAUGGGGCCCGCUCUACGAGCCGGUCAUAAGCUCAUCUCUUCACUCGGUGGCAAGCUUGUUGUCCUGACUGCCUCGUUGCCCAACGUGGGCGCCGGCAAGCUCGAGAUGCGUGAAGAUAAGAAGGUCCUCGGCACAUCCAAGGAGGGCGCGCUGCUACAAACCGGCAACAGCUUUUAUAAGAGCUUCGCUGUAGAGUGCUCCAAGAAUCAGGUUUCGGUUGACAUGUUCCUGUUUUCUUCCCAGUACCAAGACGUUGCCUCGCUUAGCAACUUGCCCAGAUACACUGGUGGCCAGACCUGGUUCUACCCUGGCUGGCAUGCUUCCCGACCCGAGGAUGCGCUGAAGUUUGCUUCCGAAUUCAGCGACUACCUCUCCUCCGAGAUCGGCCUCGAGGCGGUUCUUCGCGUGCGUGCCACCACUGGUCUUCGUAUGAACACAUUCUACGGCAAUUUCUUCAACCGAAGCUCCGACCUCUGCUCAUUCCCUGCCUUCCCUCGCGAUCAGUGCUACGUUGUCGAGGUUGCCAUUGACGAGAAUCUGACCAAGAACGUGGUCUGCUUCCAGGCGGCCAUUCUUCACACAACCUGCAACGGUGAGCGUCGCAUCCGCGUCAUGACCGUUGCGCUGCCCACGACUGCGAACCUGCCAGAUGUCUACGCUUCGGCGGACCAGUGCGCCGUCACAACCUAUUUCACCCACAAGGCGGUCGAGAGAGCUCUCAGCAGCGGCCUGGACGCUGCCCGCGACGCCCUGCAAGCCAAGGUAACAGAGCUUCUUCAGACUUUCAGAAAAGAGCUUGCCGGUGGCAGCAUGGGUGGCGGUCUUCAGUUCCCCGCCAACCUGCGUGGUCUUCCCAUCCUUUUCCUCGGUUUGAUAAAGAAUGUCGGUCUUCGCAAAUCGGCACAGAUUCCCACAGAUAUCCGAUCUGCGGCGCUGUGCCUGCUCUCCACCCUUCCUGUGCCUCUUCUGAUGCGAUACAUUUACCCCCGCAUGUAUUCACUGCACGAUAUGCCUGACAGUGCUGGUGUUACUGAUGGCGAAAUUGGACAGAUUGCGCUGCCACCUCCACAGAACCUCAGUUCCGAGAGACUGGCCCCCCACGGCCUGUACCUGAUUGACGAUGGGCAGACGCAAUUCCUCUGGGUCGGCCGUGAUGCCGUUCCCCAGCUUGUUGCCGAUGUGUUUGGCGUCGAGGACCGUACGAAUAUUCAUGUGGGGAAGGGGCGCGUACCCGAGCUUGAGGGAGACUUCAACGAGAGAGUUCGUGCCGUUGUCCAAAAGAGCAGAGAUCACCGCUCUCUCGGGGUUGGAAGCAUCACGGUGCCCCACCUGUACAUUGUGCGUGAAGACGGUGAGCCCAGCCUAAAGCUGUGGGCUCAAACGCUGUUGGUAGAGGACCGCGCAGACCAGAGCGUCAGCGCUGCCCAAUGGCUGGGUAUUUUGCGAGAGAAGCAAGAGGCGCAUGAUAACUUUUGGCUGAAGAUGGACGAGGCGGGGGAAAAGUGA